CUUAGAUGUGUAUUUGUGACUUGACUCAUAGUUGAGUAUAACCUAAUCUGAUUCCUUCAUUUUUCCCGAGUGUGUUUUCGUCUUCUUCUGCUAGGGUUUGUUGCGAUGGCGGAAGAAGCACAGUAUACCCUAAAGCGCAAAUACGACGACCAACCCACCGCCACCGACAUAGAACUCGAAGUCGCCAACGCCAAAUUGCGAGCUCAAGAAGUCGCCGCUCGUCUCCUCAGUGUCACCUCUGCUCCUCCUCUUUCCUACGAUGCCAAACGCAACAAGUCCGAUAACGGUGCUCCGCAAUCUGGUUUCGAUUCCUACGAUUCGAAACCUCAAUACUCUUCUUCUCCUUAUGGUUCCAGCAAGAAGAUCGAUAUCCCUAAUGGUAGGGUUGGUGUUCUUAUUGGUAAAAGCGGCGAAACCAUUAAGUAUCUUCAGUUGCAGUCUGGUGCUAAAAUUCAAAUUACUCGUGAUAUGGAUGCUGACCCUAAUUCUUCAACUAGGAUGGUUGAACUUAUGGGUACUCCUGAUGCUGUUGCUUCUGCUGAGAAACUCAUCAAUGAAGUUCUUGCUGAGGCGGAAUCUGGGGGUUCCGGUGGUGGUACUAGACGGAUGGCUGCACAGUCUGGGGGUGAUGAGUUUGUGAUGCAAAUACCAAAUAAUAAGGUUGGCCUUAUAAUUGGUAAAGGAGGAGAAACAAUAAAGAGUAUGCAAGCUUCAUCUGGAGCACGGAUUCAGGUGAUACCGUUGCAUCUUCCCCCAGGUGAUACAUCAACAGAAAGAACAUUAAAAAUUGAUGGGACACCUGAGCAAAUUGAAUCAGCUAAGCAAUUGGUUAAUCAAAUCGUCAGUGGUGAGAAUCGUCUCAGAAAUUCAGCAAGCUCCGGUGGUUAUAAUCAGCAAGGUUACCAAUCCCGACCACCAUCUAGCUGGGCUCCCCCUGCUGCUCCUGUGCAACAAUCUGGUUAUGGCUAUGUGCAGCCUGGAUCAUACUCUGGUCCAUCACCCCAGUAUAACAUGCCUCAGGGGUACGCGGGAUAUCCUCCCCAGCAACCUGGGGGAUAUUCUGCCAAUUGGGACCAGUCCACUGCACAAUCUCACCAGCAGUCUACUCAUGCUGGUGGUUAUGAUUAUUACAAUCAACAACCCCAGCAACAACAAAAUCCUGGUGGUCCUGCACAGCCAGCUGAUGGGUCUACAUACAAUUACAGUCAGCCACCUUCUUCAGGUUAUAGCCAACCAGGACAGGGUUAUGGUCAGGAAAGCUACGGUGCAUAUAGUGCACCACCACAAUCAGGGUAUGGUCAGCCACAAACAUAUGAGCAGCAACAAGGUUACCCAACACAAGAAGGGCACACUUCCAACUAUGGAUCGCAAGGAGAUUCGUCCCAAACUUCCCAACCCUCUACUGUUGCCCAGCAAGGUUAUGCUACCAACCAACAAGGAACUCCUCAGCCAGGUUAUGGGAUUCCCCCUACCUCCCAAGCGGCCUAUGGAACUCAACCACAGUCUGGUUAUGGACCUGGUUAUGGUGCCCCUCCUGCUCAAAAGCCCAGCGGAAAUCCACCUGUUUACAGUCAGUCACAGUCACCUAGUGCAGCUGGAGGAUAUAGUCAGUCAUCAUAUCCCCCUACCCAGGCCGCACCUUCUGGGUAUGCUCAACCAGAGUCAGCUACUCAGAGAGCACCCGCGCAACCGGGGUAUGGUUCUCAAUCAUAUAGUGCUCCUCAAGGUGGCCAGCCUGGCUAUGGUCAAGCUCCACCAUCAUAUGGCAACAGUUCUUAUGGUGCUGGUUAUGCUCAAGCUCCAGUGUAUGCUAGUGAUGGAGCAAGUGCACCGGCUGCUCAACAGAGUGGUGUUGCUAAAGCAUCACCCAAAAGUUGAAAUUUUUGAGGUGGUUGUUAUUGUCCCCUAGGCUGGUGGUUUUGAUUUCCUUUUUUGUUCUCCCCAUGUUGUGUUAGCAACGUCUAUAUGGCAUUGCGAUGUCUAGAUGGAAGCACUGAUAUAUUUUAGUACUUGAUUAUUUUCUAAAAGGUUGAAUAGGAACUAACAAUUUGUAUUGAAUUGGAUGUUAGACUAGCACAUUUCUUUUCAAUUUAUAAUUACGCACUUGUCUCUAUUGAAUGGUUCUUCAAUUUUCCUUUGUA